UAGGUUUUAGUCGUGCACUACUCGUUAAUUUUUUUAAGUGAUUUCACUACUCUAAACUGGGGAGAAGGGAAUGAGAAAAUAACACAUGAAAACAUUAAGCUUGAACUGAAAACCAUUUUAAAAUUUCGAUGCUGUCACUGUGUCCUUUAAGGUGAAAAUGUAGGGAGUUAAUAAAGAAUAAUCAACUCGUUUUAAAUAUCUUAAGCCAGCGCAGUUUAUAGGAGACAUGAUGAAGUUGGAAUUUGAAGUGUUGCACGUUUACUGUGUAGGACACUGGAGGGAUAUUUAAAAACGAUCACUCGGGCUGUUUAAAACGUUAAAGGACACUGUCCAGAGCAGAUAAUUCCACCGUCUGCAUGUGCUUCCUAAUUAAAAUGAAAACGUGACUGAAAGCAAAGUAAAAGUGAAAUCGAGCGACUCCGCGACCCAGAUCGUUGAACGCUGACAGCAAAUAAGUUCACCUGCCUGGAGACCCGCCCCAGCAGGACCUGAGUGAGCCGCCCGGGAACGAAGAUGGAACCGACUGGCUGGGGAGAGCAGAUCUCGGGUGCGGGAGUGGGCGGGUCCUCACGGGGAUCUCGCCAAUCACGGAGCCGAGAUUGAUUGAGCCGCUGUCACCGAGCCAGCUGAGCUCAGGGAAGACUGGUCAGGGACGUGGGCUGGAACUUUCCCAGAUUAGCUGCGCAGUGAAAGAAACUUUGACAGGGGAUUAGAAAUCAACGAAGUUAAAUCGUACGGGAUAUACUUCAGAUUUCCCAUCACAAAACAGGACAGAGGCUGUACAAUCCUCAGCAGUGUUCUGAGACUGUAUAGCCUAACCUACGAAUUAAAGGACUCUCCUUUGGUUAUGAAAUGGACUUUAAGGGGGAUCAAAUAAAUUAAAAAAAAAUAUAUAUAUAUAUCGUCAAUAAGUUUUAUUUAAUUUGUUUCUCGCUUAUUGCGUAUAACGCGUCUUUUCCUAUCUGUAUAACUUUCCGAAAGCACUUGGACUUCGUGGAGGACAUCCGAGGAAUAGCUAAAAGGACAUUGGCCACAUAAGAAAAAACCAUGACCGCCGAAAAGGAAAAAAAGAGGAGCAGCUCCGAAAGGAGGAAAGAGAAGUCGCGGGACGCGGCCCGCUGCCGCCGCAGCAAGGAGACAGAGGUGUUCUACGAACUGGCGCACCAGCUGCCCCUGGCACACAGCAUCAGCUCGCACCUGGACAAGGCCUCCAUCAUGCGGCUGGCCAUCAGCUUCCUGCGCAUGCGCAAGCUCAUCUCCUCAGGCUGCGCCAACAGCGGAACAGAAGACGACACAGAGAUGGAUAACCUCUACCAGAAAACUCUGGAGGGCUUCAUUACUGUGGUAACAUCAGAUGGAGAUAUGAUCUUCUUGUCUGAAAACAUCAACAAGUUCAUGGGUUUGACUCAGGUGGAACUCAUGGGACACAGCAUCUUCGACUUCACCCACCCCUGUGACCACGAGGAGAUACGGGAGAAUCUCAGCCUUAAAGCAGGUACAAGCUUUGGGAAGAGGAAUAAGGACGUGAACACAGAACGAGAUUUCUUCAUGAGGAUGAAGUGCACUGUGACAAAUCGCGGACGCACCGUCAAUCUCAAGUCCGCCAGCUGGAAGGUCCUGCACUGCACCGGCCACCUCAAGGCGUACAGCAGCUGCCCGCCUCAUGUGCUGUGUGGCUUCAAGGAGCCCCCGAUGACGUGUGUCGUCAUGAUGUGCGAGCCCGUCCCUCACCCCUCCAACAUCGACAUGCCCCUGGACAGCAAGACGUUCCUGAGCCGGCAUAGCAUGGAUAUGAAGUUCACCUACUGCGAUGACAGGGUGAACGAGCUGAUGGGGUACUGUCCCGAGGACCUGCUGGGUCGCUCCAUUUAUGAUUUCUACCACGCCCUGGACUCUGACAACGUGGCUAAGAGCCACCAAAACCUGUGCACCAAGGGCCAGUCCGUCAGCGGGCACUACCGAAUGCUGGCCAAGCACGGCGGCUACGUGUGGGUGGAGACUCAGGGCACCGUCAUCUACAACAGCCGCAACUCCCAACCCCAGUGCAUCGUGUGCAUCAACUACGUCCUGAGUGCCGUCGAGGAGGAGUCAGCGAUCUUCUCCACGGACCAGACGGAGGCGUUCUUCAAGCCCACGCUGGGCAUGCAGAGUUUCUUCAGCGCCGGCAGUGACGCGGCGGCAGAUGACAGGGCCGGCGAACUCUUCACCAAGCUGAAGGAGGAGCCUGAUGACCUGGCACAGCUGGCUCCUACCCCGGGUGAUGCCAUCAUAGCCCUGGACUUCGGAGAGCCGCCGUUCAAGGAGGCGCAGCUGUACGGCGAGGUGUCAUCCAUAGCGCCACCUGCCAGCCAGCCCUGGAACAGCGAUGCGCCCAAGACCAGCUCCACUACAGAGGCGUCUGGCAGGGUGGCCCCAUUCUCAGUGCCCCAGCCAACACCAGCGGACAGCGUCACCCCCAGUCUGAGCAGCUGCUCCACGCCCAGCAGCCCUGACGACUACUACAACUCCAUGGAGAACGAGCCGCAAGUAGAGUUCACCGAGAAGCUUUUCGCUCUUGACACCGAGCCGAAGAGCUCGUGUGCCGCUCAGACGGACCUCAGUGAUCUGGACCUGGAGACCCUGGCCCCCUACAUUCCCAUGGACGGGGAGGACUUCCAGCUGAAGCCCAUCUGCCAGGAUGAGCCGCUGCCUGACACAGGCCCCAGCAGCACCCACAACAGCUUCAGCAACAUCGCCAGCUUUUUCCAGCCCCUGGGCACCCCGCCGCCUGCCCUCUUCGGCCCGUCCGUACGGCCUUCAGGCGAUAAGAGGGGUCCCGGGAGUGACUCUAUGGAUCGCUGUCCCCACCUGCUGUACCCUGGCACUGCAGUCAUGCCCCCCUACAAUGCCUCAGCCAGCACCCCCCUCUCUUCCAUGGGUGGGCGUCAGAACCUACAGUGGCCUCCUGAUCCACCAUUACCAUAUACGCAGACCAAAAGGGGCAUGAUAGAGCCGCUGACGAGUAGCCGGGCUUGUGCCAACCCGCCCCUCCUCAAGCAAAGGUCCAUAGAGAACUUUUUCCAGACCAACAAAGACAUAAAUCCGGCCCAGGUUGCCCUUUCCAACAGCUACAAGCGCAAGAGGCAGCUGAAGUUUGGAGAUGCGUGUGCCUUUCUGCAGAUGGAGCCGGACGAGGCGUCCCAGCCUAAGAGCCCAGAGAUGAUGUGGAAGAGGACGAAAAACGAGAGCUGCGCGUUCAUGGAGAGGAAGUCGCUCAGCAGCAGCGCACUUACAGAUAAAUACCCAGGCCUGCAGCAACGCACAGACCAGCAUCUAAGCUCCAUGCAGCGACACAGGAAGAGUCAGUAUUCCGGAGGAGGUGCCGGGGAGCCCACCAUGCCUUUCCCUGGACAGUGCUACGGCUUCAACUACCGGGAAUACAGCAUGCUGCCUUCACCCAAAGUGGAAGGCGUGGCGAGGCUGCUGGGCCCCUCCUUUGAGACAUACUCCCUGCCGGAGCUGACACGCUACGACUGCGAGGUCAACAUUCCUCUGCAGGGGAACCUGCACCUGCUGCAGGGCAGCGAUCUGCUGAGAGCACUGGACCAGGCUACUUAGACUUGCUGGGCAGGAUGUGGACCUACCCGACCCCAAGCACACCCACCCACUCUGGAUGACACCAGCUGCCCUACGGCUUGCGGCCAGCUACCUGGCUCAGCUACAUCCUAUCAGCAGCAGCUUUCCGGUCAAUAAUUCUGUUAUCUUCAUCAUCCUAAGUUAUAUUCAUUUUUCACAAGGCGAUGACGGUGAAUCUUUCCAGAAGCAAUCUCGCCUGCUUCAUACAUUCUCAUCAAAGCGCGUCCCUCCCACCCCAAAUGUGGCCACUUGGACUUGAAGACCAUCUCUUGCCUCUCGCCUCACCUUCUGCUCUCUCUGAUCCCCGCUGUCACAAACACACAAAAAUAUACAUACACUCGGAAGUUCAUUUUUAUUCCUUAAAGGAGGAACCAUUCAUAGAUGAUACUCAUUUUGUCUAUUGUAAACACACAUUAGCUGUUUGAAAUAAAAGCUUUAUUCCUUCCUUUUCUGAGGGAAGAACCUGUGUUCUCAUUCCUUCAUUCUUCUGCCCGAUCUCUCUCGACCCCAAUGUAAUGUGUUCCCAGUGAAAAUGCGUUGUGAUGCGUGCAACUGCGCGAAUCCCCCUGCCCCGAUCCCUAUAGCCACCAAGUUGUGCUCUGAGGAUGACGGUUAACCCAGUACACUGAGUAUGGGCUUGACCGUCAGUAUUCCUGCUUUGGCUGCCUUUGACAGAAAGCUUGUGUCGAGGGUGAAAGGUCACGUGACCCCAGACCUCUCUUCACGCUGGAACUGCCUCAGCACACCCUCUCCCUCUCUUGCUGUCGCCUGACCCUUGUAUGUGCGCUAGCCACCUUUAAAUAUAGAUAUAUAUUGGCAUAUAUAUAUUUAAAGAAUCUCUAAAGUUUCUAUGAUAUUGUCUAUGAUGUUUAGUAUUCAUGUGCCUUGGUACUUUGUCUUAUCUACUCAGUAGAUGCAUAUCAGAUUCUUGUUUGCUUUUAUUGUUUAAGGAGUGGAUUUUUAUUCCCAUUGUGCUUGUUUGUCUUGUGUUUUAAAGUGUAAUUUUUUUCAUAAUGAUGCUAACCUUGUUGGCAGGGCCAGUAAUUUUAGAAAAAAAAAUGGAAAAAAAUGGGAAUUGAAAAAAAAAAAUUAAGAAAAUAUCAUUGUUUUUCCACUCUUGACAUGUAGCAAAUUAAAUGUUUAAAUGUUUAACAAAGAAAAACAAGCAAAAAUUAAAAAGAAAUCACUUUUAAAAUAUUAAAAGUGAUGGUGCUUCGUAGGUAUAACCAACUUGCUUUUUUUUUUUAAAGAAAUAAUUUUAUAUUGUUUCUGGGAUCCACCUUCAUUAACUCUGUACUUUGCUUUUUCAUUGUUGAGAUGUUGUCUUUAAUGUUGCUCCAGUUGUAACAUGGCCUUCAAGUUCACGAGAUUCCUUUGUAUCCCUCGAUUUUUAGACCAAAACACAUGUAACCGGCAAAAACAGCAGAGCACACGCAGAAUCAGGCAUAACUGCUGGACUAGAAAGUCCAUCCUAUAGCGCAGAUUCAUUUCAUUUCAUAGGUAUUUUUCUAGGAAGUCAGCCUAGUGUGGAUCAUCCCAGUGUCUAGCACUUGGUGCUUUCUGAUGCCCUUCUAUGAGACCGGGAUUUUUGAUUUUUGUUGAUGACGCUGCCGAGGGCGGAGGAUCAGAACCUCAAAUUUGGUUGUCCUCCUUGGGAAGCUGGCACUCAGUCCGGUCAUGGCAUGAGGGAAGAGGCGUGUGAGUGGCGUGAUCAAGAGGCCACCUGCUCAGCCAACCCACUGAUGCAGACCUCAGCGCCCCUCUCGGCCCUGGAGCCGCUUGCAAGGCCUGUUUUCCACAAACUGCCUGACCCCAGCAAGCCCUGGGACAAUUUGACAAGUCUACGUCUGCCAGCACAUCAGCGCAGGAGCUAAAAGACCCCUUUAUAAAGACGUGUCAAUUAAAAAAAAAUAAUAGUCUUUACAAAAGCCAAAGCAAGUAGGAUGUCAGAUGCAUGAGUAAACUGCCUCAUUCCUAUCAUGUAAAAUGUGUUUUAGGGAUGCAUGUGUCUGUUUUUGUGGAAGUUCAUUGAAGUUCGUGGCCAUGAGAGGUUUCCCCAGUAGCACUCUGCCGGUGAACCUGCAUGUCACGCCCGCAAUACGCAGCCUGUCGGCUGUUCAGAGAGGCCUGUCUGCGUUUCUGUGCCUGCAGUCAAAGACCUUCUUCCCGGGUGGCUUUCAGGGAUACCGAGACCAAAUUCAAAUGUGGAAGGAAGACACACAGUGAAAUGUGAAGUUCAGAGCCUGCUGUUCACCAUGCCUCAGAUGGACUUCGGCGUGACAGUUUUUAGCCACGUUUUAGGGCCGAGCUGAACCUCGGUUUCCAGCCGAAAAUAGCUAUGUGGGGAAGUUAAAAUAAUGGAAAGUCAAGGAGGCGUCUCAGCAGCCUUAGCAGCGUGUACUGUGCUACUCGAAGGCCGGCAGAUAGACUCACACAUAACCACUGGCAUCCUUUCCCGAAUCCACAGUUUUCAUCAACCUUAAAGACAAUAUCAACAUUCUACUAAAUAUGAGGGUUUCUCUUCUCACAUUAUUUGCUUUUAUCAAGUUUAUUUUGAUGCCUUACAGUUACAUUAGCUGAUAAUAUGAAUAUUUUAAUAUGCUAAAUUCAACAUUAUAAUUAUUGUUAUUACUGUUAUUAUUAUUAUUAUUAUUAUAUUGUUACAGUAUGGGAACCUUAACCUAAUAAAAAGUUGUAUUUCUGCACUGAUAUCUAUCUAUAUUAAAAUAUAUUGAUCUUA